AUGCGCUGUUUGUAACAUCCGGGGCUGGGACAAGGAUGAACGCCAAUUUCCAAGAUGGCAGCGGAGGGAGGAGGGAAGGAGACGAACGACAUUAAAACUCAGUUCACAACACGAGAAGGCGUCUACAAGCUGCUCACUCACUCCGAAUACAGCCGCCCCAACAGAGUACCUUUCAACUCGCAGGGCUCCAACCCCGUCAAGGUCUCCUUCGUCAACGUAAACGACCAGUCCGGUAACGGUGACAGGAUCUGUUUCAAUGUGGGCCGGGAACUGUACUUUUACAUCUACAAAGGCGUGAGAAAGGCUGCCGAUCUCAGUAAACCCAUAGACAAGAGGAUAUACAAAGGCACGCAGCCUACGUGUCAUGACUUCAACCCUCUCACAGCGACAGCAGAAAGUGUCUCCCUGCUGGUGGGCUUCUCAGCAGGACAGGUGCAACUUAUAGACCCUAUCAAGAAGGAAACUAGCAAACUCUUCAAUGAGGAGAGACUAAUCGACAAGUCAAGAGUAACCUGUGUACGAUGGGUUCCCGGUUCAGAGAGUCUGUUUCUGGUGGCUCACUCCAGUGGCAGCAUGUACCUGUACAAUGUGGAAAACACCUGUGGCACUACUGCACCACACUACCAGCUCUUGAAGCAGGGCGAAAACUAUGCUGUCCACACUUGCAAGAGCAAAUCGGCUCGUAACCCGCUGCUGCGCUGGACAAUAGGGGAAGGGGCGCUUAAUGAGUUUGCCUUCUCCCCGGAUGGCAAGUUCCUAGCCUGUGCAAGUCAGGAUGGCUUCCUGCGAGUGUUUGGCUUUGACGCAGCAGAGCUCCAUGGAACAAUGAAAAGCUACUUUGGUGGCUUGCUGUGUGUGUGCUGGAGCCCGGAUGGGAGGUAUAUUGUGUCAGGAGGUGAGGAUGAUCUGGUGACUGUGUGGUCUUUCCUGGACUGCAGAGUCAUUGCACGAGGGCAUGGUCAUAAAUCGUGGGUAAGCGUGGUGGCGUUUGACCACUGCACCACUAGUGUUGACGACGGUGAUCCGCCCUCAGAGUUCAGUGGGAGUGAUGAGGACUUCCAUGAGCAGAUUCACUUUGCGGCAGGUAGAGACAGAGCUAACAGCUCUCAGUCUCGACUCUCUAAAAGAAACUCUACAGACAGUAGGCCUGUCAGUGUGACCUACAGAUUUGGUUCAGUAGGACAGGAUACUCAGCUAUGUCUGUGGGACCUUACAGAAGACAUCCUCUUCCCUCACCUCCCUUUGUCACGCGCCAGAACUCACACUAACGUUAUGAGCGCCACAAGCCCUCCAACCACUGGACAAACAAUUACUACUGUAUCAAUCACCACCACCACCAAUUCCAGUGGCACAAAUGGUAAUGAUAAUGUGAGCAAUAGUAGCAGCAGUGGCAACCCACCCAAUUCCCUCCCUGGCACCCUACCUCGAUCUAAUAGCUUGCCUCAAUCAGCCAACCCAGCAGGAGGCAGCACCACAAACAGUCACACAGGCAGCAGCAGCAGCACCACCACCACCACCACCAAGGGCAACGGCAUCAUCGACAGCACUUUCAUUGCCAACAGUGUCAGCAAGUUUGCAACGUUGUCUUUACACGAGUCGCGGAAGGAACGCCACGAGAAGGACCACAAGAGAAACUACAGCAUGGGUCAUAUCAGCAAUAAGAGCAGCGACAAGCUCAACCAGCUGAGCUCGUCGCGAACAGCAAAAGCCGAGGCAGCUAAGACUCUGGGCACGACACUGUGCCCCCGCAUGGAGGAGGUGCCGCUCCUAGAACCGCUGGUGUGCAAGAAGAUUGCCCACGAAAGACUGACUGUGUUAAUUUUCCUGGAGGACUGUCUGGUAACAGCUUGUCAGGAGGGUUUUGUUUGCACAUGGGCUAGGCCUGGGAAAGUGGGACUAUUAUCAUCUCAUAACAACCCAGCCAACUCCCCCAGUGGAACAGUAGUAUAGCCCCAGUGCUGUUGGUGAAUUGCUCCACGCAGCAGAGAUGAGGAUGACCAGGGCUUCGCAAUGCUUCUUCAUACACCGUCACACAGCACAUAACCUCCAUUGUCACGGUCAUUCUCGUCACUGGAAACACGCAGAUGUUGUCUUUAUUAUCGGGCUUAUUAAAGAACUUGAUUUGGUUGAAAACGAGACCCCUGCUCAUGGAAGGAGGGGUAAAAGGGUGCUGUUGGAAGUUCCGUGAACUUAAGAUCUUCCAGGAGUGUUCGACUGUCUCACUGUUGCAUCUUUGGACAUAUCAAAUAAUGUCUAGUCUGAAACGAACAAACUGAUCCCUAAAUAUUUGUGCCUGUGGAUUUUCAAAGACCAGACGAUGUGUUGAUAAUGCCUGCACUUCAUCUUUUGUACGGUUCCCAUUUUACGACAUCCUCAGGAAAUGUCUUCAGACUUUCAACCAAACAAGGUUAAAAUCGGGGGGGUGGAAAAAUCCCAUCAGAAUUCAAACAUAAUGCUGAAGUUAGCUUCUGAUUUAAUAAUGCAGUUAAAGGUCGAUUCCACAAACUUUUGACCAUUUGGAAGUUUUUUUGAUCAGUACUUUGAGUCUUUUAUCCUGGAUUAGAUUACACUAGAUCAUUCAAUCUUAAGUUUAUUUCUGAAAGUUCAAGAAAAUAAAAGGUUGCAAAAAUGUUACUAUUUCAACACAUUUAAUAACUAUUAUAAUCAUUAUACUGUGUUGUAAAGAUUUUUACUCUUGGCAUAGAUUAAUUAGGUCUAGCCUUGAAAAUUCUGAAUAUCAGAGGUUUUGAACUGCAGCGGAUCCGAGAUGUUCUGGAGGAUAACAUUUCGUUUGGAAUUGAGCAGAAAUGAGAAGCUGACCUCAGUUUAGCAUCUUUUCUUAAGACUGAGCAGAUUUUUUUCCCUGAUACUAGAUUGCAGUUGGUCUCAAGUCUGAAGAGAGACCUAAAGAUGUCCUAAAACACCACCAUACUUUUGUUUGCAGUUACUAUCUUGAGUGUUCUAAGAGGCAGAAAAAGGAUGCAUUUUGAAUUUUUUGAUUUUAAAACUCUGCAAGUGACUCUUUGUGCAGCCAGUCCUCAAACACCACCCAGAAGUGAUAGAUCUGUACUUCCUUUAGAAAUAUCUAAAUGUAAGGUGUACUUAAGAGUGAAGUUUGCACUUAUUUCUUAAACGCUCGUUCUCUAGUUUUUUUUCCUGUUAAGAACUUGCGAUGGCCGAACAUAAAUGCAAUGUUCUGUCAUCAUCUUAGGAAGCACUUGAGAAAAAAAACGACCUGUUCUGUCUCAAUGCUGGAUGCUGCAAUUAUAAUUAUAUAUAUAUAUAUAUAUAUAUAUAUAUAUAUAUAUGGAAAAAUUCCUUUGCACUUAAUUAGAAGAGAAUGGCUUUACAUUUUUGGAGUGUGUUAGGACUAACAAAGUUGAGAUAAACACCUUUGUAUCUAUUGAACAUUUAUUUUAAUAUGGUUUGAGAUUUAUUGGAUUCUGUACUAAAUGUAAAUAUUAUACUUCAACGAUUUAUGGGUGAAUUUAUCUAUGUUAGUUUAAAGAUCCUCAUUAAAAUAGUGAUAUUUCUUAUACAGAAAGUCUAAUAUUAAAACCAAUCUUGAAUAUGCAGGCGAUCACGUGUCUUUUCUGUUGUACAUAUAGAGAAUUCAGGUGUAUUUUUAUGAACGAAACGUUUGUUAUAGGAAAUGUUUUAGGAAAUCCUCGUCAAGCAGGUAGCGCUGUGUGCUUGCUGGCCUGUUGCUGCAGGUUUGACAACAUAGGUAGGCACAGCCAUUCCCUCAAGCUCAGGUAAACCACAGAGACUAUCGCUGGUGUAGUUCCCCCCUAGACUCUUAUCUCAUCUUUAAACCAACUCGUGAUCUCGCCUAAAGACUGACAAGACGAUUUUCUGCAGGCAGGGCUGAAGCUUGUGACUCCGGUUACGGUUUCCUCCAAUUCUCCAACUGAGGACGAACUUGUGAACAUCCUUUUGACACUGUGUUGAAUUCUGACUGACGGCACGUCAGCGUUCGAUGGCGGUACAGUUGCUUCAGAUGUGAACGGCUGGAUCCUUUUCCUUCAUGUGAUGCCUAUUAAAACAACUUUGACAGAAUA